AUGCCGCUAAACCACGCAGCUCCGGCCCUGGACGAGAGAGGAAGCGGAAGGAACAACGUGAGCUCUGCGCAUGCACUGCCCUAUCCCUCCUCUGUCUGCCAGCGCAGCCUCAUCACAGAGGCUCCUGAGAAGGGAUCACUUGUUGUGGUUUGGGAGGCACGGAAAAAAGAGAAUACAAGUGAGGAGGGUGUGGAGAGAGCUGGAGCGCGAGAAGACACAUCGAGAGAGGGGAAAAGGAUGCGCGUCUGUCCUCUGCUUGUCUUGUUCUGUUUGGUGCGCGCUGGAAGCUCUCAGAAGUUCUCAGCUCUCACGUUCUUGCGUGUGGACCAGGAUAAAGAGUGUAACAUGGACUGCAGCGGCGCACCACGGAAGCCCCUGUGCGCCUCUGAUGGACGCACUUUCACAUCUCGCUGCGAGUUCCUCCGAGCCAAGUGUCGCGACCCACAGCUGGAGGUGAUCCGCGGGCCAUGCAAAGAUACGUCCAGAUGUGUGGCAGAGAAGAAGUACACGGAACAACAGGCCAAGAAGCUGUUCCCGCAGGUUUUUGUACCUGUGUGCAACCCGGAUGGCACGUACAGCGAGGUUCAGUGCCACAGCUACACUGGAUACUGCUGGUGUGUGACUCCCAACGGUCGACCCAUCAGUGGUUCAGCAGUGGCCAAUAAGAAACCCAGAUGCCAAGGUAUGAAAAGAUCAAAGCAGGAGCGCGCGACCACGAGAGAGCCGGGCAAAGCAGAUGAGACCGGACUAGUCGUGGACCCGCAGCCCUCCACAGACGAAGAAGACAUCACUUCGCAGUACCCCACGCUCUGGACGGAGCAGGUCCGCAGCCGGCAGAACAACCGGACCAGAGCGCCCUCCUCGUCAUGUGACCAGGAGCAGCAGUCUGCACAGGAGGAGGCGCGGCAGCACAAGAACGAUGCAGUGUUUGUCCCGGACUGCGCUCUGGGAGGACUCUACAAACCAGUGCAGUGUCACCCGUCCACUGGCUACUGCUGGUGUGUGCUGGUGGACACGGGACGGCCCAUCCCAGGGACCUCCACCAGAUAUGAGCAGCCAAAAUGUGACGGUAACGCCAGAGCACAUCCAACCAAACCCAAAGAUCACUACAGGAGCCGGCAUCUCCAAGGCUGUCCCGGGGCAAAGAAAACAGAGUUCCUGACGAGUGUUCUGGACGCGCUGUCGACAGACAUGGUGCACGCCGUCACGGACCCAGCGUCUGCCGGGAGGAUGGCUGAGCCGGACCCGAGCCACACCCUGGAGGAGCGCGUGGUGCACUGGUAUUUCAGUCAGCUCGACAAAAACUCCAGCGGCGACAUCGGCAAGAAGGAGAUCAAACCUUUCAAACGCUUUCUGCGCAAAAAAUCCAAACCCAAGAAGUGCGUCAAGAAGUUUGUGGAGUACUGUGACAUCAGCAACGACAAGGCUCUAUCCCUGCAGGAGCUGAUGGGCUGCCUGGGCGUCACCAAGGAGGACGCGGCCAAAACAGGCGACGGCUUGCCCUCCAGUAAACUAAAUCCUUUGAGAAAACAAGGCUGA